AUGGAUUGUUUCCCUUGUGGUGGAAAAUCAAACAAAAAUGGAAAGAAGCAACAGCAUCCCAUCAAUAAUAACACCAUCUCCAGCAGCUUUGAUCAUCACAUCCCUUCUACUUCAGAUUUAUCUCCCGAUAGAAGACCACUUGUUUGGAAUACGAGAAUGAAUAUAGCUGCAGGUGCUGCAAAAGGUUUGGAAUAUUUGCACGACAAAGCUAAGCCGCCCGUCAUAUAUCGAGAUCUAAAAUGCUCAAACAUUUUGCUAGGUGAAGUCUAUCACCCGAAGCUAUCCGAUUUCGGCUUGGCCAAAUUGGGACCCGUUGGAGAUAAGACUCAUGUAUCGACUAGAGUGAUGGGGACCUAUGGAUAUUGUGCUCCUGAAUAUGCGAUGACCGGUCAACUUACGUUGAAAUCAGAUGUUUAUAGUUUUGGGGUUCUGCUUGAAAUCAUUACUGGAAGGAAAGCUAUCGACAACUCGAGAGCUGGCAGUGAGCAAAAUCUGGUUGCCUGGGUAAGAUACUAUUGUCUAUUUCCAUAUUUCCGAGGAAGAAAUAAAACAAUAAAGAAGCAUAUCGACCCAUUACUUCAAGGACAAUAUCCGGUGAGGGGCCUGUACCAAGCUCUGGCAGUGGCUGCAAUGUGUGUUCGGGAACAACCUAAUAUGCGACCGCUUAUAGCGGAUGUAGUGACCGCUCUCACGUAUCUUGCUUCGCAAAAGUAUGAUCCCGAAACUCAGCCGGCUCAAGGACUCCGCACAGGUUGUUCCACCCCGAGAACGAGAAGGGAAUAA